CGGUGGUUUUCUUGUCUGGCCCGAUUCAGAAUCUCUACUUGUAUUCCCGAGGGGCGUGCAGACCACAGAUUGAUUCGUCCAGAUACUUAACAAAUCGAAUCCACAAAACCAAUUUGAUUUUCGAGUGUUUCUUGCUGCAACCCAAACCUGUUGCCUUGAAGCUUGGAAUAAUUCUGGUUUUGGAGGAUUGAGGAUGGAUAAAUGAUACUGCUUUCACCUUCUACGAAAAGAAGAGAGGUUUCGGUUCCGAAAUUCAUUUUCUGAACUGGGUUUCUCUCAGGCAUGGCGGAGCUUUGUCUAAAGGCAUAUUUUACCUACUCUUCUGGACUGUUUCGCCAGGAACAGGGUUUGUACCGGGUGGUUAAGGAGUUCCAGCCUUUUGUACAAAGUUCUGGAGCAAGACAAUUAUACCUACACACAAAGCCAAUUCAGAUUGAGGACCCGUGGAAACCAACAAGCUGGUUUUUGCACCCUAACCAGUCUGCCAAGCUUGAUUCAAGCAUCAGGAGGCCUGUGCUUGUUGACUUGCAAGAUGUUCACCCUGACACGGUACUCUUCAGCUUUGGGAUCGCUGAACAAUGCACAAGGCAUGAAAAGAUAUUGCAGUUCCUCAAAAUGGGAUCUAGUGAAGUGUUAAGAGAUGGACUAUGUCUUUCCCUAUUGUCUGACUUGAUUGGGCUUCAAAUGGCAAUUAACUUCUGCCCAAACCGACUGGUUUCCUUAGAUGAUUUUUGUCCAUAUAAGAUUGGGGUUGACAUUGUUCAGCCUUGUUUUGUCCAACCAAAUGAGGAAUUCCAGAAGCCUAUCUUGGAUCUUGUAGGGAAUUUGGCGCAUACUUCAAAAAUUAUGGAUCAUCCUAAAGGCAGAAUCAUGUUAGCAGGCAAUGGGGCUGAAAUGAAGGAUUUACUUUCAACUGUUGUAGAGUUUUACAUGUCAAAGAGCUCAACUAAGUAUAGGAAACAAUCAAAUCUGGUGCCACACUUUCCUAGACUGGAAAGAAGUGAAUAUACUUUCCAUGGGUCUUCAAUGAAGCUUGAAAAUGUGACUGUUGUACCCCUAAAGAGUCCUGAGAAAAUCAAACGGAAGCUGUCACCAAAGAAAAAACAAGGUAGAAAGAUCGGGAGAGAAAGGGAUCUCUACAGGAGAAACAAUUUCUAUGCAUGUGAGAGCCUUCUAUCCCUUAUCCUAAACAAAAGGGGGAAGAUGAUAAUCCAGUCACUGAAGAAAUCUGGCCCUGAAUUACCUCAACUUCUGAACCAAUUUUCUGCUGGAAUUGCUGGGACUGGUCUUGCUGUUCUCUUGUCUGUUUUCUGUAAGGUUGUUGGAGGAAGAGUUCCCUUCUGUGCAUCCAAGCUCUUGAACACUGGGCUUGGUUUUGGAUUGGUUUGGCUUUCUUGGGGAGUGAACACACUGAGAGACACUAUCAUCUGUAUCAGUAAAAAUUCAAACAAGUUGGGGUUGAAGGAGGAGGAGAUGAUUAAGAGAAUGGACAGGAAUAUGAAUGAAAUUUUCUUCAGGGCUGCAACUUUAAUGGCUAUGGCAGUGCUAAGGCUUGCAUGAACAAUGAUGGUAAGAGAAUAAUUUGAAGGAAGAUGAGAUGCAUUCAUUAUUUUUCCCCUUUCCUAACCUGAAGCGGGUUGGAAAGUUUAAUCAUUAAUUAGUUGUGGUAUAUCUGACCAAGCUUAGUUUUUGUGGUAGCCUAUUUUCGUUUUUAUUGUUUUGAGCAGGCUGCUAAUUGUUGAAGCUUCUGUAAAUAACAGUUGAGCUAAUUGUUUUGCUUAGGACCUAGUGUUUUUUUUUUUAAAGGAUUUUUUUUUUUUUCUUG